AUGGCCAUCAACUCUUGCAAUCAGACUGAGAUUAGGCGCUCAGGAAACUACAAGCCUCCCAUCUGGGAAUUCGAUUUUGUGCAGUCAUUAAGUAAUGAAUACCUGGGAGAGAGAUACGUAAGGCGGGUUUCUGAGCUGAAGAUGCAAGUGAAGAUGAUGCUUGAUGAAGCAAUGGAGCCACUGGAUCAGUUGGAAUUAAUUGAUAAUUUACAGAGACUGGGAUUAUCUUACCAUUUUGAGUAUGAAAUUAAGCAUAUCUUGACAAAAUAUAGAGAAAAUCACGAGCCAAGGAAUAAGAAUUUGUAUGCUGCAGCUUUGGAAUUUAGACUUUUAAGACAGCAUGGCUUUAAUGUCUCUCAAGAGAUAUUUGAUUGUUUCAAGAAUGAAAAGGGUGAUUUCAAGCCAAGCCUAAGUGAGGAUUCAAAGGGAUUGGUACAACUGUAUGAAGCUUCCUUCCUGUCAACAGAAGACGAAACUACUCUGGAAGUGGCAAGAGAAUUCACUAUCAAACAUCUUCAGGAUCAAAUCGUUGAUCAAGAUUUUGCUCUAUUGGUGCAACAUGCCCUGGAGCUCCCGCUGCACAGAACCAUACCUCGGGCGGAGGCAAGGUGGUUCAUAAACGUAUACGGCAAGAAUUCUGACAUGAAUCCUAUUCUGCUUGAGUUUGCUAAACUGGAUUUCAACCUCGUUCAAGCAACAUAUCAGCAGGAGCUAAAACAAGUCUCCAGGUGGUGGAAGAGAACAUGCCUUGCUGAAAAGUUGCCAUUUGCCAGGGAUAGGCUGGUGGAAUGUUUCUUUUGCACUAUUGGAGGGUUAUUCGAACCCCAACAUAAACUGUGUCGAACAAUCUUGACAAAGGUCAUGUGUCUUUUAACUAUCAUAGAUGAUAUAUAUGAUGUGUAUGGCACCCUGGAAGAAUUGGAACUAUUUACGUGUGCGCUUGAAAGAUGGGAUGUCAAUACAAUUGAGCAACUUCCGGAUUACAUGCAAAUUUGUUAUCUAGCAGUCAUCAACUUCAUCAAUGAAAUAGCUUAUGAUGUUCUCAAGGGAGAAGGGCUCCUGAUUAUUCCGUACUUAAGAAAAGUGUGGACAGAUAUAUGCAAAGCAUACUUACAAGAAGCCAAGUGGUACUUCAAUGGAUACACGCCAACACUAGAAGAAUAUAUGGAAACUGCACGGAUAACGAUAUCAUCUCAUGUGAUAAUGUCUCAUGCUUUUUUCUGUGUGACCAAUCCUAUAGAGAAAGAGGCAGUUGAGUACUUACAAAAAUACCCCGGUGUACUUCACUGGUUGGCGACAAUUUUACGGCUUUCGGAUGAUUUAGCUACAUCAUCGGAUGAGCUGGAAAGGGGUGAUGUUUCUACAUCAAUACAAUGUUACAUGAAUGAAACUGGUGCUUCUGAAGACGAGGCGCGCAAACACGCAAGUUUCUUGAUCCGUGAGGCAUGGAAAAAAUUGAACAAAGAUCAAAAUGUCGAUUCUCCAUUUUCACAGACUUUUGUGGGAAUUGCCAUUAACUUUGCUAGAAUGGCACAUCACUUGUACGAGCAUGGAGAUGGGAUUGGCAAACAGAAUCCUGAAAUCAAGAAUAGGAUGUUAAAAUUACUAUUUGAACCUAUUCCCCUCGAGGAUUAA